UGUGUAUGCUGCGGUAGAUUCGUCCAUAACACCUUCGCGGGAUUUUAAAAUGUGUACGGAUAUUGAGGAUUUAGAUAAGUUUGUGGCAGAGAAUGACCUUAACUUUUCGCUUGAAGAUGUGGAAGUAAAAGCCAAAGAGAUUAUUUUGGAGAAAUGUCGUAAGAUUUUAGAAGGCGACAGUUCAUCUCACUUAUACGUUUGUCUGUGUUGCAUCCGAAUAUUGACUCGUGAUGAAGUCGUUCGUAAAGAACUCACGUCUAACUUCUUCGUGUCUCUCCUGCUUAAGCAUGCUUUUCAUCGCGACACUUGUUCACAAUCAUCUGGGAUAAAAUUUGAAGCGCUGAAGUCGCUUUGCAAUAUCGUAUUCAAGGAACCAUGUGUCAUUGAUCGGCUAAAGUUAGUUAUAUUCAUACGUUUUCGCAGUUCAGGGAAUUGAAUGUUGUGAGAAAAAUAAUGGAAGGUAUAGAGAUUCUUCUUGGUCAAGUUACGGAGAAGGAACAACUUCUUUUAUGUCUUAAGCUUGCUUUCCUUGUUACUGCUUUGGACUCGUCCUCAAGGCAGGAAAUGGUCAACUUCAAUACUUUGCAACUGUUAAUAAAAGUUCUUAAAAUGAGAUCUGGUAUUGCAGAUUCAACUAUAGCAGCUGAAGCUUUGAAGACGAUUUAUAACAUUUUGUAUUCAAUUCAGGAUGAAGAUGUUACUAAAGAGUUAGACGAUGAUAUCCAAAAUCUUGUGGUGAUACUUAAACAUCUUUUGCAAGAUUCAUUGGCGGAUAAUUUUGACAACUAUUUGUUGGUCAGUCAAACUGUCAACGUGUUGAACGUCAUACCGAAAAAGUUCUACAGAAGUCUUUUAAACAACGAGACUAUUGAUGAACAUCGCACUGGUAAUGCGCCUGAACAUUCACUUCCUGGGACUGAAACAAAUAAGGUGAACUGCAUUGCCGUUUUAGUGAGCUUUCUUCACUCUCAGCUUAAAUUGGAUGCUACUAAAGUUUCUGGAACAGCUAGCGAUCUGCGAACUGAUGAGAGAAUUUGUCCUAUUUUGAACUGCCUCACACGGGCAUGUAAAUCGAAUCGUCAGAUUAGGAAAUUUUGUCGUCUAAAAGUACUACCAUACUUGGGAAAAGAUGUCACACGCCUACCCGAAGAUGGUGAUAGCAUCAGGAAUCAUCUUUGUAAACUGCUAACACAUCCUGUUCAAAUUGUUGGGGAAUCAGCAGCCUUAUUUAUCUUUGUGCUAUGUAAAGAAAACAUUGGACGAGCUGUAAAAUAUACUGGUUUCGGAAAUUUCGCUGGUUUCUUAGCACGUCAUGCAUUGCUUGGGAAAACGUCAAAAAACAAUAAAGAUUCUAAUUAUUCAAAUGAUGAAUAUUCAGAUACAUCUAGUGAAUCAGAGACAGAAGAGUAUAAAAGCUUGAAAGAUGAUGUGAAUCCUGUAACGGGUCGAUGGGAAAUUUCACAACCAAACCCAAUGGAGAAUAUGUCUGAAGAACAAAAAGAAUAUCUCGCUAUGGAUUUAGUACAAAAAAUUGAUAAACUUGAAAGAUCUGGGUUCAUUCAACCAGGAACCAUUGGUGAAGAUGGAUGCGUACGACCUGUACAUCAUAUCCUCGAACUUAUACAAACAAAGGAAGAUGAUAAGAAAUCAGAGGAAUCUUCAGACUGAAAAAACGUUGUAGAAGUCUUCAUGUGUGCAUGUGUAAAUGUGAUCACAGUGAUCAUCCGUACUGUGUACUAAACACAUAACUGAGUACUACCGAACACUGCAUUUCAAUGACAAUCAACAAAAUUAUAAAACUGUUUUUAUUUCACAAGAUAAAAAAUCGUGAAAAGAAUGUACAGAGAUGAAGAAAGUAUUGUUUAGAAGAGGGUACAAAAGAGUUGUUAGUAACACUAUGAUGACUACACCAUACCCAAGGAAAGUUUAAUCUCUGCAACUGCACGAAGUUCUUUCAAUCGAUAGUCUGCAGGCAAGCCUAACUUAGUCAUACAAGUAAGUUGAUUUUCCAAAUAGGUUAGUGUGUUUUGCUCCCGAUUACUGACUGCAUCGUUUGUCGAUGAAUUUUCCUCAUCUACAGUGUCUUCUAAGCAGCUAGCCGCCAAAAAAGCUGAUGUCAAAUGUAUACAAACAGCAGCCAUUUCUGUACGUACAACUCUACAA